AUGACGUCUGAGAAGCCGCAUUCUACGGUUAAACAGACUACCACCGGCGCCAUGAAGGAACAGUCGCAACACGCUGAAGCUAGUGCCGCCACGGCGCUAGAACAUGAGCUCACGUUUCGAGAUGCCGUGCGGCUCUAUCCCAAGGCUAUCUUUUUCUCGCUAGUCUUUUCGAUGGCUAUUAUUAUGGAGGGCUAUGAUAUGGCUCUCAUUGGUUCAUUUUAUGGCUAUGAAUCAUUCCGCAACAAAUAUGGCAACCAACCAAACCCCGACGGCGGAAUGGUGAUUUCAGCAGAUUGGCAAACAUACAUCCAAGUCGGCGGCAUGUGCGGCCAGAUCUUUGGCCUGUAUCUCAACGGCUGGGUUUCCGAUGCCAUCGGCUACAAAAAGACCAUGAUUCUAGCCCAGAUUAUCAUGAUCGCUUUUACGUUCAUCGUAUUCUUCGCAAAGAAUAUCGAGAUGAUCCUGGCGGGACAGAUCCUCAUGGGUAUCCCCUGGGGUGUGUUUCAAACCUUGACUCUCGCAUACGCGUCGGAUAUUGCCCCGGUCGCUCUGAGACCUUAUCUCACUGCUUAUGUGAACCUGUGUUGGGUUAUUGGGCAGUUGAUCUCCGCAGGAAUACUGCGCGGACUUCUGAAUCUAGACAACGAGUGGUCGUAUCGCGUGCCGUUUGCGUUGCAAUGGCUUUGGCCACCCUUCAUUAUACUCGGAACCAUCUUUGCGCCUGAAUCGCCUUGGUGGUUGGUACGACAGGGUCGUCAUGUCGAUGCUAAGGAGGCGAUUCUCAAGCUCGUCAGUCCUCAACCUGAUAUCAAGUUUGACGCUGAUGCGCAAGUGUCCAUGAUACAUGAGACGAAUGAGCUUGAAAAGGCUACGUCGGCGGGUACAAACUAUUGGCAUUGUUUCAUGAGAGCUGACCUACGACGUACGGAAAUUGCAUCGAUUACUUAUGUCGCUCAAGCGAUGUGCGGCAGCGUUCUCAUGGGCUAUUCCGUCCAAUUUUAUGAGCGCGCCGGAUUAUCGUCAAGCAACGCAUUUACUCUCAACAUUGUACAAUAUUCUGUCGGUGCGAUCGGCGUCAUUCUUUCAUGGUUUCUCAUGUCCAAAUUUGGACGACGUACCCUUUACAUCGCAGGAACAUCCAUGCUUUUCAUCAUUCUUCUCGUCGUCGGCGGUCUCGGUUUCGCGCCGCAAAAGAACUCUGGUCCAUCCUGGGCAGUCGGCAGUCUACUAAUCUUCUACACAUUUAUUUACGACUUAGCAGUCGGACCAAUCUGCUACACCAUUGUCGCAGAAAUUCCCUCCACGCGUCUCAAAGCGAAAACAAUUGUGCUGGCGCGCAACUUUAAUAAUAUGGCCGGCCUGGUCAAUAAUACCCUUAUGCCAAGAAUGCUCGGUAUACAUGCAUGGAACUGGGGUGCGAAAACGGGUCUCUUUUGGGCGGCGUUUUGUUUUCUUAUUAUGGUGUGGGCAUAUUUCAGAUUGCCGGAGCCCAAAGACAGGACGUUUGGAGAAUUGGAUGUUUUGUUUGAACAUAGAAACACUACUCCACGCCCACGAUGGCAUCCUGCGCCUACAUACCAUCUCAAAGCACCAAGAGGAUGGAUCAACGAUCCUUGCGCGCCUGGAUAUGAUGCCUCUACUGGUACAUACCAUCUAUCAUAUCAAUGGAACCCCAAAUCCUGCGAUUGGGGUGACAUCACUUGGGGCCAUCUCACAAGCAGAGACGGAUUAACAUGGAAGCAAAACACUCAAAACCCCGUCCUAGAACCCUCAGAAACAUACGACAAGGAAGGUAUCUUUACAGGAUGUCUCCACCCCACUGGCCUCCAAGGCGAAGAAGGCCAACUCACAGUUAUCUACUCCUCCAUCACACAUCUCCCCAUCCACUGGACUCUCCCAUACACACGCAACUGCGCCGGUCUCUCAGUAGCAACUUCAAACGACGGAGGCAAGACAUGGCAAAAGAGCGAACAAAACCCCAUCUUAGACGGUGAACCAGAAGGCGUCACAGUAACCGGCUUCCGCGACCCUUAUCUAGCCGAAUGGCCCGCCAUGGACGAGCUCCGCGGCGAAGCGAGCCUGUACGGUUUUGUUUCAGGAGGUAUCGUCAACGCCGGCCCGACAGUCUUUCUUUAUGCUAUCUCACCGACCGAUCUCACCCAGUGGACCUACCUCGGCCCUUUAACCGACCUCCCCACCGGCUACAGCCCCUCCGGCCGAUGGGGCGGCGAUUUCGGUGUGAACUGGGAAUGCGUCAACUUCAUGACUCUUCACAACGACACCGAGGAAUGUCCGUUUAUGCUUAUGGGAACGGAAGGUGGAGUUAAGCCUGGUGCGAAGGAGGGUGCUGAGCAGUGGUCUUUGUGGAUGGCUGGAUCUCUGGAGCAGACUGCUGAAGGCCCGAGAUUGAAGCAUGAGUUUGAUGGGAUUUUGGAUCAUGGGUGUCUUUAUGCGCCGAACUCGUAUGAGCAUCCUAUUACGAAGAAUAGGAUUGUUUGGGGGUGGUUGAAGGAGGAUGAUUUGACGUUGGCGAGACGUGAGACGAAGGGAUGGACUGGAUACUUCUCUCUCCCGAGGGAGCUGUUCUUGUACUCUGUCGAUAACGUUACAAGAAGUCUUACGUCACCACUGGAGGAUCUUGGCUGUGUCAAGGCUGUUGAGAACGGAAGAGGAUCAUAUACCGUCCAGACAUUAGGCAUCCAGCCAUUGCCAAACCUGCAAGAUCUCAGACGAGGAAAGCCCGCUUACUGGAACAACGUCGUCAGCAGUACUGGACUCGGAAGCCUCAUCAAGUCUCACUCUGGAUCUUGGGAGCUAGAAGCCACGAUAAAGGUGUCGCCUAAUGAUCAAGGAGUGGGCUUCUGGAUCCGACAUAACGAGGAUCUAUCCCAAGGCACAGCCAUCCACUUCUCUCCCCAAACCGAAACAAUCACAAUCGACAAGAGCAAGUCCAACAACGAAGCCAAUAUCGAAAAGGCCCCUGCUUCAGGCCCAUUCACACUCUUCUACUCUGAUAGAAACGGAUCAGAGGAGCUUGAGAAGUUACACUUGCGCAUCUUCUGCGACGGCGAUGUUCUGGAAGUGUUUGCCAAUGAUCGCUUUGCUUUGUCGACUAUGGUGUACGCUGAUACGAGGGACUGCACUGGAAUUAGCUGGUUUGUUGAUGGUCAAGGGCCGGGUGAGACUGUUUUUGAGUCUGUUAAGUUGUGGGAGAAUAUGAAGGAGGUAUUGGAGGUUGAUGAGCCUGUUGUUUAUGAGCGAAGCCAGCUAUGA